UCUCCUGACUUCCAGGUAAGUGCUGUAGGAGGGGCAUGUAAUGAAUCAUGCCUUCAGCUGUGCAGGUUUAAGUUGCUGCUUCUGUCCUCAGUGUUCACUUGCUGCCAGGGAACUUGGAUAACGUGUGAGGUCAAUGGGCCAUGGGACUCCUGAUAACAUGAACUGGGCUGGACUACUAAAGAAUCUGCUGGUUGUGGCCCAUCUCCAGCAGAUCAUAUGUGAUUCUGUCCAGUUUUCAAUCCCAGAGGAACAGGAGCCUGAUAUUCUGGCCGGGACACUUAGUAAACACUUUCAUCCUCCGUACCAGCUCCUGACCGAGGAUUUCUGGAUGGACAAAAACACAGGGAAUUUUUAUACCAAGCGAAAGAUGGACCGUGAGGCCCUCUGCCCCGAGAAGACAAAAGCUGAGGAAUGCAUUAUUCUGUACACUGCUCUCGUGGGGCCUUCAGGAGAUUUUAUACAGAUUCCUGUAAUCAUAGAGGACGUCAAUGACAAUGCACCUCGUUUUGAAAACACUGAAAUACACCUGAAUGUGUCCGAGGACGUGGCUGUCGGGACCAGCUUCUUGUUGGAUGACCUGGCUAAGGACAGUGAUGCCGGACGUAAUGGCGAGCUGUAUUACCGCUUAGAAGAUUCUUAUGGUGUUUUCAGUUUAAAAGUCGAGGAAGACGGGGCUGUACUCAUGCUGGUUGUGCAAACGGCUCUGGAUAGGGAGACUCUGGACCUGUAUCAGAUGGCGCUGGUGGCCACUGACUGUGGCUCAGACCCUUUAAGUGCUACAGCAACUCUAACAGUCACAGUGACAGAUGUUAAUGACAACUGUCCAAGCUUUAGCUCCGACAGCCCCCGCAGUGUCACCAUCCCCGGAAACUCCCAGAAGAACAUGCUGGUUGCUCAGGUCAGAGCCACAGACCCAGAUUCAGGCCCGAAUGCUGCCAUAGUUUACUCCCUCAGUCCCAAAGUCUCUGAGCGGGCCAAGAAGCUCUUUAGCCUCGACAGCCUCACUGGGUACAUCAGACUAACACAAGACCUCCAGAGUGACAACUCCGAGGAGCUGUUGUUGAAAGUGUUAGCUAAUGGCCAUCACUGCCCCCCAGCAGACACUCAGGUAACCGUAUCCGUGCUCCCCAAGGCAAACCAAGAGCUGACGGUCAAGAUCGGGUUCAUAGCGGAGCAUCAAAACCAGACUCUGGUGUUACCAGAGAACCAGCCCCCCACCGUCUUAGCUGUUUUAGAGCUUGAGGGUGACAGCAGCUUUAAAGGCUCAUCUCUUUCCAUUGACAGUGAAGUGCCUUUCACUUUGAGCCCACAGAAUGGCAAAUAUCUCCUUUCCACAUCAAAGCCCCUUGACUAUGAGAUGAAAAGGGAACAUCAUAUUUCCGUGCUAGCGAAUGGGAGAUCAGCUGAAGCUCAUUCCAGGCUUGUGAUCAGGGUGAUGGUGGCAGAUGUCAAUGAUAAUGCUCCACAUUUCCUCCAGUCCCACUAUCAGCUGGAGGUGGAGGAAAACAACCAGCCAGGAAAGUCACUGCUGCGAGUCUCAGCCUCAGACGCAGACAGCGGAUACAACGGGAGGGUGACCUACCGGCUGGACAAACACACAUCUACCAUCUUUAACAUUGACCCUGUCACAGGUCAAUUGUCGGUAUCAGCCUCUCUGGAUAGGGAACAGCAGGAUGUAUACAAGCUCACCGUGUUUGCACGAGAUAGCGGUUCUCCUCCCUUGGAGUCAGUGACCACAGUAUCCAUUUGUGUUCUAGACCAGAAUGACAAUGCCCCUAUUUUUUUAACCCCUCACUUCAUCUUUUUCAUCCUGGAGAAUGUACCACUGUCCUCCCAGGUGGGGAGGGUAGGAGUGACAGACCCAGACGAAGGGGAAAAUGGGAACACAGAGUUGCAUGUUGUAAACAGCAGUGGACCUUUUGUUGUGGAUAACACCCAGGGGAUACUACGCACCACCACCAACUUGGACCGUGAGACAGAGGACCGCUAUGAACUCUACCUGCUGGCCAUCGAUCAUGGGCACCCGGUCGCUUUGACUUCCACUGCCAGGGUAACUAUCUUUGUGGGGGACAUCAAUGACAACCAGCCAAAAGUGAUCCUUCCCAGCAGCAACUCCUCAUGCCAGACUGUCUCUCCUGCAACCUCAACAGGCACCAUGGUGACAAAGAUCUAUGCAAUCGACGAGGACUCAGGCCUGAAUUCGGAUAUUACAUACACUGUUGUGGCAUCAGAGCCAGAGCAAAACAGCAGCCCCUUCCAGGUGGAUUCAAGUUCAGGGAUCAUCACUGUAGCUCAGCAACUUCUACAGCAGGAUUUGGGAAUGCAUCACCUGUUCAUUGUGGUCAGAGAUGGGGGGAAACCAACUCCACUUUAUACCACUGUCUGGGUUAAUCUGUUGGUCAAUGACAGCAUGGAGCCCUGCCACUUGGACAGGACGCCCACCUGGAUGGGGACACCUGUCAUGUUUCCAACAACCUCAAAGUCCAUCAUCUGUAAGGAGGAGGACAACAGAUCUGCUCAGCUGAUUCUGUUAGUAGGCCUUGGUAUGAUGCUGGCAUCCAUAGGUUUGUUCGUUGUGACAGCUGUUUUAUACCUGAAACAGAAGAGAAGAAGUCUACAACAUAACAAGAGGAGGCACACUGAGGAGAACGAGAUUCCACUCAGGCUCAAACGCAAAUAUUACUCUGAUGACUAAGAGAUUAAAGCAAGCAAUAUGUGUAAUCACUCAUAGUGUGUCAAAGAUGAAAUCAGCCUCCGAAUUUAAUACUUUCUGAAUAUUUGUCAAAAGCUUCUUGUAUUUUAACAAUCAAAUUAGUUGAAUUAUUCUGAUACACAGUGUGUUCAAAUAUUUGUCAACAGCAAAAUUCUCAACAUUCUGUGGAAAAAAAGGUGAUCCAUUUUCUGAUAAUAUUUCUUGUGAGCUACCAGAAAAGCAUGUGAAGGUUGUACUGAAAAGUUAAGUAUUUGAAGUUACCAGCAGAGGCUUGUUCCCUGUGCAUUCUGUAGCACAAUAUAUCAUUUCACAUAGGCAAAGUAUACAGUGUUAACCACCAUCAGAUAGAGCACAUCAAAGCAAGGCAUUCCUAAAUACCAGUGUUCCAGUCAUUAUCUUUAGAGAUUAUCCUCCAUGACCCCUGCAGCGAGACGAAGACUGAGGUAAUGGUCCACUAAGUUGAUUGGGCCUUUCUCAGAUUUCCGACUGAGUGAUGGGGAGUCUGAACUAUUUAGACACACAAAAGGGUUUAAUGUUCCUGCGGUGGAGAGGCGAUGAAAGUGUCUCAAGAAGCAGCUCUGAGACAACCAUGGGAGGCGGAGCGUGGUUGUGGACAGGUGAGAGGCGGCCGAGGGAAGGCACACCACCAUCUCAAGUCACCGCCACCUGUUACCCGAUAGCGCUGCUUAUUAGACACAGUGCUGCAUGAAUGGCAUCCAAACGGCGGAAAACCUACUGUACUGCACCCAGUAACUCAACAGGUUUGUUGUUUUGAUGACAGAUGUUUUCAGUGAAAUCACACUGUGUUCAAAGAAAUCUUUGCAAAAGGCAGUUGCUCUCAUGUGAUACUGAUACAUUUAUAUGCUGGGGAACAAUUAACAUAUCAAACCAGGUUAAGUGAUGCAUAAACUAUGAGUGAGUCAGGGAAAAAUGCGUUUACAAAUCUGUGAACACACAAUUACACAAAGAGGGCAGGCUACUUGUUUAAGCUUUCAUUAAAUAUAUAUUUUAUCUUUUCAUAAACCAUUGAGUGAUCCUUUCAAGAAACACCUGUGUUAGAGGAAAGGAGGGAAGCCACGCAGCCGGAGCCUGUAAAACACAAUGUACAACAACCUGGUUAGUGGAGAACAAGGCUUGUAUAACAUGAGUGGUGUUUCUCUGAGGAUUUCUGAGCCAGCAGCUCAAAAAUAAAUAAUCUAAUAGAGCUGUAUUGUGUGACUAACAACAUUAGCUGAGAGGAAAUAAAGAGCCCCAUAAUAAACUUACAAAUUAAAGAAGCAUAUUUAAUACAUAAGGAAUUACAGAUUAUAUGAGAUUAAAACAUGGAUAAAUUAAUAUUAAAGCAGGCCAAUUGUAGUUAAAAAGCAAGCAAAAGGUCAAAGACAUUUUUGACCUGGGUGACAAAAUGUCUAACAUUCUUACAGGCAUCAUGUUUAGAUUUGCCUCUUGACAAAACUGACUUUUCACAACAACAAAAAAAAUAAAAAUAGUAAUUUUGGGAUAAAACUCCUCAUGUGCCUGCUACUGUACAAAUGCCGUGGCAAGAGAAAGCCUGCCAUCUGCUGGACAUAGAUGAAGCCAAAUCUGGCUCUUUAUUUCUGAGAUUUGUCCAGAGGGUGAAGAUGAAUCAGAGGACAGUCUCUCACUCUGACACAGUCAGGUCGCCUGAGAUCAGUGAUUUCCCUGCUGCAUGCUGCUCUGCUCCUCUCACAGUACAUCUCAUUUUAAUCAUUUCAUUUCUGAAGCGGAACAUUUGAUAGUGAGU